AUGGAAACCGAGGACAUAUUGAAUUCCGCCUUCUGCGACGAUGAACGGGAAGAACAACUGAGUCAAUGGCAGGUGGAAAAUAAGAAUGUCGGACGCAAAAUUGAUGUAAUUCUUUUCAUUUUGUGAGAGUUCUCUUUUUAGGUAACAUUGUUCAAAAUAAGGUCUGUAUUCAAGCUACACAGCUUAGGUCUGCUCUCAUUGUCUGAAAUGGCAAUAUAUUUACUAGAACUAGGCCCAUUCUUGGGGACUUUUUUUGAAUUUUUGCUUUUGGAAGUUAUUUGUUGCCUAAAAUAAGGUAAAACGAGUGAAUCUUAAGUUGUUUUUGCAGUCAGAUGUUAUGAAACUUUGCCUAUAUGCCGGGAAUGAAGUAUUGAUCGCAUUGAAGAACUGAUUGCGCAAAAAAAAAGAUAACUUUGUUGUGAUGGAAUUUUUUUGGCUGGAAUGUUUAUUUUUCCCAAAAAAUUUCCCGAAUGGGUUUGAAUUGUUCCAAAUUUAUUGAAUUACCUAUACAAUUCUAUAUUUCAACUUAUUUACACUUUUUUUCUAUUAUUUUUCCAAUUUUCAGACUCUAGUUUCAAUCAAUUUCACCUUCACCACGCCUAUUACCCGACACGAUCCAAAACCCCUCCAAGUUCAAUGCAAGAACGGGACCAAGCUGUACAAAGUCCUCCACAUGAUCUACAACGUUCAUCCUCCCUACAACUGCCGAUACUUUGUUCAUUCGAUCACCUUGAAACGAGGAAAUCAAGCGCCGAAGCAGAUUGAUUGGAAGAAACAGCAUGUUUUCGACAAUGAUCACUUUGAUGUGGUUGUAAGAAAGUCGAGAAAACCGAGGGUGGAUCUGAACGCUGUUCAGGAAGACAUUUCCGACCUGUUUCAUGUCAGUUUAGAUUUGGAACAAGAUGAAUAA